AACAUUGGCGGUGUCAGCAUCACCCCAACCAUCUGUGUCAGCUUCAACAUCAACGCCACCAGCACCAUCAUCAACGGCACCACCUCCAGAAUCACCAUUAGCAUCAUUAUCACCAACACUAGUGGCAUUAGAGUCAUUGCAAUCAGAACAAGAAUCGCAAUUGAUAUCAGCUUCAGCAUCAACCCAAUCAACACCGCAACCAUCAGUGACAAAAUCAACAUCAUCAUUGUCAUUGACACCACCAGCAUCACCAAUCCAGUCAACACAAUCUUCAACUGUAAGAUUACCUUCCUCGUCAAUGGUAUCAUCAGGUUUAAUUAAACAAACUGUAUCUACGAGAACAAAACCAACGACUAUGACAGUGUCUACGUCGUCGACGUCGCAACCACCUACUACACCGUCAAAAGAGGGCUCCAAAAAAUACGAAGGAAGUGGCAAAGUGGAGGAACCUUGGGAAAGCCAAUAUGGAAAUAACAAAUCUAAUAAGUACAGAGAACUUAAGGGCAAGCUGGAAAAACAUUUAAGAGGAAUUCUCGAAGAGAAAUACAAACAAAAUUUACUUUAUAUUGAGGUGAAAAACUUCCGGAAGGGAAGUAUAAUUUUCGACUUCACAGUUUUCCUUACGUCUACGACGGAUGUUGACGCCAACAGUCUGAAGGAGGCAAUAGAGAAAGGUGAAGGAGGCUCAAAAAACUUCACUAUAUCCGUCGAAAGUGUAAAGCAGGUAGCUGGCCCCACACGAUCUACCCCAACUAAACCAUCUGCAGUGUCUAAAGGUAAGGUCAUGAAAAAAGGAAGCCGUCCAUACUUCAUACUUGCCAGAUUAUAUUCUUUCUUUGCGGUGUAACAUCCACAUUUCAGAUCUGGGGUGCAACAUUUAUACUUCAGAUCUGUGGCACAUCAUUUAUUAGUACUUCAGAUCUUUUGCACAAAAUCUUUAAAACAGAUCCGUGGCAUAACAUCCACGCUUCAGUUCUGUGGUAUAACAUCUAUUCUUCGUAUCUGUGAUAUAGCAUCUUUAUUUCAGAUCUGAAAUACGAAAUCUAUACUUCAGAACUGUGGUGUAUCAUCUAUACUUAAGAUCUGUGGUAUAACUUCUAUACAUCAGAUCUGUGGGUCCAUCCAUACGUUAGGUUUGUGGUAUGACAUCUAUACUUCAGAUCUUUCGUAUAACAUCUAUAUUUCAGAUCUGAGGUAAAACAUCCAUACUUCAGAUCUGUGGUAUAACAUCCAUUCUUCAGAUCUCUGGUAUAUCAUCUAUACUUCAGAUCUGUGGCAUAACAUCUAUACUUCACAUCUGUGGUGUAACAUCCAUACCUAAGAUCAGUGGUGUAACAUCUACGCUUCAGAUCUGUGGUAUAUCAUCUAUACUUCAGAUUUUUGGUAUAACAUCUUCUCUUCAGGACUGUGGUAUAACAUCUAUACUUCAGAUCUGUGGUAUAACAUCUACACUUUUGAUCUGUGGUAUAACAUUUAUUCUUCAGAUCUGGGGUAUAACAUUUAUUCUUCAGAUCAGUAGUAAAACGUCUACACUUCAGAUCUUUGGUAUAUCAUCUAUUCUUCAGAUCUGUGGUUUUAACAUCUUCACUUCAGACCUGUGGUAUAACAUCUACACUUCAGAUCUGUGGUUUAACGUCUAUACUUCAGACCCCGGUUGUUCGAAGG